GGUCGCGGAGGGGCUGGUCCUUCUAGACCGGGGGACCCAAGACCGCUGACCUUUCACCUGCUAAGGACCCGGGUGCGGCCAUGAGCUACCAGGGGCAGCAGCCCGUCAUCCCGACACAGAACCAUCUAGAUGACAAAGAGAUCCUCGUUUCUGAACAUAAGCAGGAAGAGAAAAGUGGUCGUCAGUCUGCUGCUAUUUUUAAUGUUGUCAACUCUAUUGUAGGAUCUGGUAUAAUAGGAUUGCCAUAUUCAAUGAAGCAAGCUGGCUUUCCUCUGGGAAUAUUGCUUUUUUUCUGGGUUUCAUUUGUUACAGACUUUUCCCUUGUUUUAUUGAUAAAAGGAGGGACUCUCUCUGGAACAGACUCUUACCAGUCUUUGGUCAAUAAAACCUUUGGCUUUCCAGGGUAUUGCCUCCUUUCUGUUCUACAGUUUUUGUAUCCUUUUAUAGCUAUGAUAAGUUACAACAUAGUAACCGGAGACACUUUGAGCAAAGUUUUCCAAAGAAUCCCAGGAAUUGAUCCUGGAAACGUGUUUAUUGGUCGCCACUUCAUUAUUGUGCUUUCCACGGUUGCCCUUACUCUGCCUUUGUCCUUGUACCGAGACAUAGCGAAGCUGGGAAAGAUCUCUUUUAUUUCCACAGUGUUAACAACGACGAUUGUUUGCUUCACAGUGGUAAGGGUGAUUUCGUUGAGUCCACACAUACCAAAAACAGAAGAUGCCUGGGUGUUUGCAAAACCCAAUGCCAUUCAGGCCAUUGGUGUCAUGUCAUUUGCAUUUAUUUGCCACCAUAACUGCUUCUUAGUUUAUGGUUCUUUGGAGGAACCCACCCUAGCUAAGUGGUCCCGCAUCAUCCAUGUGUCCAUCUUGAUUUCUGUAUUUAUCAGUAUUAUCUUUGCUCUAUGUGGAUACUUGACAUUUACUGGCUUCACCCAAGGAGACUUAUUUGAGAACUAUUGCAGAGAUGAUAACUUGAUAACAUUUGGAAGGUUUUGUUAUGGAGUCACUGUCAUUUUGACGUACCCCAUUGAAUGCUUUGUGACCAGAGAGGUAAUUGCCAAUGUAUUUUUUGGUGGGAAUGUUUCAUCAGUUUUCCACGUAAUCAUAACUGUGAUUAUCGUUACCAUAGCCACACUUGUGUCGUUGAUGAUUGACUGCCUUGGAAUAGUUUUAGAACUCAACGGUGUGAUCUGUGCAGCUCCCCUAAUUUUUAUCAUUCCAUCAGCAUGUUAUCUGAAGCUGUCUGAAGAACCCAGGACACUCUCCGAUAAGGUCAUGUCCUGUAUCAUGCUUCCCAUCGGUGCUCUGGUGAUGGUCAUUGGGUUUGUCCUGGCCGUGAAUAACCCUCAGGACUGCACACAUGGGCGGGAAAUGUUCUACUGCUUCCCUGACAAUGUGUCUCUCACGAACAUUUCAGUUUCUCACUUUCAACUGACAACUCAACUUUCGAUUCUAAACAUCAGCAUCUUUCAAUGAGUUGAUGGCUUUAAAAAGUAUGUACAUUUUCACAGACUUCUAAACCACAUAAUCACAUUCACACAUGUUUUAGUGGCUAUAUUAUAAAAGUAUUACCUUGGCAUUUAUUAAGACUUGGCUUUCUUUAUUCUUUAGCUCAAUAUAGAAGAUAAAGAGGAAAAGAAAAUCAAAUUCAUUUUAUCUUAAACAGAGAACAAAUGUUUUGUAAUCUUAGUUGCAGGAGGAAAGUGAAGACUGACAUUUGCUGUCAUCUUUCAGAGCGUUAUUUUUUAAUUUAAUAUAUGAGCCAAUAUAUUCUGCUUGUAAAUAAGUAGAUGAUUGUGGGUUGAAAUUUUGUAUAUAUCCUUUAUGAGACAAAACAACAACAACAAUUUUUGUCUUUCAAAGUCUAUGGAAUUGAAGGGGAGAGAAGGGAAACUGUAAAAAAGAGUAAAUAUUCCGAAAGCAAAGUAAAGCUCUGCAUUGUGAUUCCAACAGCAUCCCUUGUUUAGAGGGACGUGAAUCUCUGGAGGAAUGAGUAAGGUCCUUGCCAUGUUAAGAGCAUGAAUAAUAAACUAUGUACAGAGCCAGGUGUGUGAGGAAUCAAUAUACCUCCCAACUUUUGAUCCUGUGAGAAUACUAGGUAGAGCCAUUAAAUAAAGUAGAAAACAGGAGGGAAAAAACCCACAAGGUGUUCUGAGGUAGGACCCAAGAGAUCAUCUUGCAUCAGCUUUGGGCCUGUUGAAUUUGAAGUGCU